AUGCCCUCAUCGCCACUAUUUUAUCUGUUUGUCAAACAGUUUGAUAAUUUUAAUAAAAUGACAGAGUACUGCAAAAACCAUCAAACAGUAAAGCGCCUGCAGAGCUGUUAUGGACCUUAUCAUGGACAGGGUGAACAGCCCAAAAGCAUUGAUGAACCCAAUCGUCCAGAGUUCAGCUGGCCCGUCAAGUCCGACUUCGUAUAUCAGGGGCCCUAUCCACACCGCUGCAGAGCCUAUUUCCUCUACAGAGUAGAUCUUCUUCCCAGACCAAAAUUUGACGAUGCCCAGAGAAUGAGCAACCUGAACCCGGAGGAGCAAUGGAAUGGGUUGCGGCCUGUAAGAAAGCUAUCUGGGCCCAUCCUGACAGGAUCAAGCUGUAGCAACUCAAUGGCCAAGGUAAUGGCCAAAGCUGUUUGUUACCCUGGAGCGCUCACCAAAGACCCACCCAUGAGCCGAACCCCGCUGCGAAUAGAUGAGUAUCACAAAGUUUCCGAAAAGAUCCUAGCAACGAAUGAUGGGUUUUGUCUGCGACACCAGUCGACAUCAAAAUCAUGGCCGAACAUGCUUGCCGAUCCUAGUAUUAUCAAGGGGCAGAAUAAGAGUCAAGCUGAUAGAAAUGCUUUAACAGAUGGACGCUGUCUGGAGUCCGGACCGAGUAUCGAGUCUACCAACGUGCUCCAAUUGGAAUCAGGCAACGGGGAGAAGACUGGAGAUAAUCAACAAACACUGGAUUUGAUUCGUUCCGACUUAACAUCGAAAUAUGUAUUUGGUGGACUCUUCCAAGCGGUAAGCACAUCCAUUACGCACGUACAUGUUUUUUUAAUUUUAUUUGGGAGGAGUGGAAAGGAGCAGCGAGCUGAGCUUGCCCCCAAAUUCCACAUUGGGUUCCACCCACUGAUACUCUUCAUGGUCUCACACGUCAUCACAAAAAUCUCACGAUUCGCCCAUAGCAACGGCUGUAAGGAGGAGUCAAAAGGAACGGUGCUCUACACGUUGAUCCUCAUUUUCCUUCCCUGCUAUUUUCUGGUGUACCCUCUACUACCACCCAUUAAACCCAGCACGGUGCUUGAAACACUCAAGCAGUCCCUCAAGGACACAACCCACCUGUACACUUCCCACAUCCAUGUGAUGAACGAUCCUGCCACUUUUCGUAUUGCCAUAGAGGAAAUCGAACUUUCCACAGCCGGUCUAACCAGAAUUUACCUCGAUGCAUGCCAGAGACUCUCCUUGACGGAUCAUCAUUCUUGGAGUCACUACCUGUCAGAUGCAAAGCAUGUCUUGUUAAAGGCGCAUGAGUACCAGCGAGAAAUCGACUGUUUAAAGAAAAGGCUUGAGAUGAAAAUAAUUAAAGAGGAAGAAAGAAAAAUCCAACACUCCAUCCUGCAGCAGAGAGCUACUCGUGACUGGGAUGAUGACAAUGACCCAUUCAACCACCGCUUGUGGUAUCACCCGUGCAUUGUUUAA